AUGAGGUCUUUACCACAGCAUGUUGUGACGCUCCUGGUUGCCUUACUUGGCAACACUGGUUUCACCAGCGCUGCUGUCUUACCUGCAGCCUUCUUUGAGCCAAUCGCCAAGGGAUCUGUCGGUGCCGUCGCCAGCGAGAGUAUAGAAUGCAGUACCAUAGGUAGAGAUUUAUUGGCUCGAGGUGGCAAUGCUGCAGAUGCUUUGGUGGGAACAACGUUUUGCGUUGGCGUCAUUGGCAUGUACCACUCUGGUAUUGGCGGAGGCGGAUUUGCAAUGAUUCGCGACGACAAGGGUAAUUAUGAAGCGGUUGACUUUAGAGAAGCGGCUCCCGCAGCAGGCCAUGAAAAUAUGUAUCAGGGCAACGUUCCUGGAAGUAUAUAUGGCGGUUUGGCUGUGGGCGUGCCAAGUGAGGUUCUUGGGUUGGAGUACAUUCACAAGAAAUACGGAUCACUGCCGUGGAAGACGGUGAUGCAAGGUGCCAUCCACGUCGCUCGUCAUGGCUUCAGAGUGUCAACCGAUUUGAUACGGUAUAUUGAACGAGCAGUCCAUGGGAAACGCAACUUUUUGGUGGAAGACCCAAUCUGGGCUGAAGACUUUGCUCCCAACGGAACUCUGAUUCAGGUCGGCGAUACCAUGACGAGAAAGCGCUAUGCCAAUUCCCUAGAAAAGAUUGCGAAUGAGGGCUCCAAAGUCUUUUACACCGGAGACCUCGCCGAAACACUCGUAAAGUACAUCCAACAAACAAACGGCAGCCUCACACUGUCCGACUUUGCAAACUACAAAGUCAUAAGCCGGCCCGUCAAAAACAUCACAUACCGCGGCUUCAACCUAUACACCAUUGGCGCCCCAGCCGGCGGCUCCAUAUCCUUCAAUAUUCUCAAAGUCAUGGAACAGUACGACCUAGCGGACAGGGAGGACGUCAACCUCACUUCCCACCGCUUCGCGGAAGCCAUGCGCUUCGGUUACGGAGCACGCGCUGAACUCGGCGAUCCGGACUUCGUACCGGGCAUGGACAAGUACGAAGCUAGACUACUAGACGAGCUUCAUGCCAGGCAGACGAAGGAGCAUAUCUCAGAUAACCACACGCUUCCUGUGGGGGAUUACGACCCCAAUGGCAUAGCACUCCCCGAGAGUCAUGGGACGUCGCACAUCGUCACGGCUGACCAGUCCGGCAUGGCAACGUCGCUCACCACAACUGUGAACCUGUUAUUCGGUGCGCAAAUCAUGGAGCCAUCUUCUGGUAUUAUCCUGAACAAUGAAAUGAAUGACUUUUCCAUCCCGGGCGUCCCCAACGAAUUCGGCUUCCAGCCCUCCGUCGCCAAUUUCAUCCGCCCCGGCAAACGGCCCCUAUCUAGCGUAACACCCGUCAUUGCCUCCUUUCCCGACGGACAGCUCUUUGCUACGGUCGGCGCAGCGGGCGGUUCUCGAAUCAUUUCAUCUACCACGCUUGCGCUGUGGCAUACGAUUGAGCAUGAUAUGACUAUGAGGGAGGCGCUUCGUGAGCCACGUUUCCACGAUCAAGUCAUGCCGAAUACGCUUCUUCUCGAGUAUGAAUUUGAUAAUCGGACGGCGGCAGGACUAAUGGAGAGGAAGCACAAUGUUACGUGGGUGAGCCCUGGGUUGAGUGCCGUGCAGGGAAUUAUGAGGCUGGAGGGUGGGUUGUUUGAGGCGGCGAGUGAGCCUAGACAGAAGAACAGUGGGGGAUUGGCCAUAUAG